AUGAGAGCUAAAUAUCUUGGUCAAUUAACUACUCGUCUUUACAUCGUUCUUCUUAUCAUUGGUCUUGCUAUUCUCAUUCUCUAUUCUGUCGUUAAACCUCCUGUUAAAACAGAAACAAUCGAGAAACCAUCAUUCGAUGUCUACGAACGUCUCAUACAAGAUUACAAAGAUACACUUCGAUGUCCUUGUACAUUUAUUUCAUCAACAUAUGAUCAAUAUAUUACAAUGAAACCAAAAUUUCAUCAGAUCUGUACGAGUUCAUUUGUGUUAAAUAAGUGGCGUCAUAUUCGAGAUCCUUCAAUAUACGCUAAAAAAGAUUAUCGUUUAUUCUUAUUAUCUCACUUACACUUUCUCACCGGAUUAUGUAAUCAAUCGAUUCAAUCAGUCGAUGCUUCAGUUUAUCAAUUUCUUUCAUCACUAUUUAUUACACCUGAACUUUUAUCGAAAGUAGAUUUUAAUAAACGUAUCGAUUUACGUAUCGAACAGAGCAAAGAAAGUGCUCCCAGAAUGUUUACUCAUCUUCUUCGUCUUCUUCGAGAUACAAAUCAUGGGAAUGCGAUUAUAUCAGGUUUUGGAACUAAUUUUGAAUAUAUCGAUCCUUUCUAUUCUGCACCAUCGUAUAUUGUGGACAUACAAGCAAUUAAUUAUGAUGGAUGUUCAUGUGGUUUAUAUGCUAACUGUACUAUUCAAGCUACUUUAGUUGAUGGAUAUUAUUCCUCAGAAAACGUUCCAAUCAUGGGCUUGAAAAUGGGUUGUACACCGACUGAAUCAUUUCUUGCUUCGAAUCUUGCGUGUUUCUAUAAUUCAUCAUGUAUCAAACUUAUUUACGAUUCAACAAACUACGACGGUAAGAUUCCCAACUCCUUAUCCAUAAAAACAAGUCGAUUUUCCACUGAUACACCAGUUAUCAAUCUUGUUAACGAACUAUUUAUUGAAAAUUGGUCGAUUACAAUCGAAUAUCCAUCGUAUUUUAAUCAAUGUUCGCCAUCAUUGUGUUCAUAUACUUAUACUGAACGAGUCAACUUCUUCUACACAGGGACUCUUAUACUUGGCAUUUAUGGAGGUCUUAGUUUUGUACUCAAAUGGUUUUGUCCACUGAUAAUUCGUCUAUUGUUUAAAUUAAAUGAGUACCGAAAGAAGCGAGGGAAUCAUAUAGAACCUACGCUUACUAAUGACACAAGGAAUAUCGAAAACACUGAAAUUUCAGUAGAACAUUCAAAUGCUGUUAUUGUAACCGAUAAUUCAACAUUGCCAUCUACAGCUUUACCAUCUUUGUAG